AUGGUUCACUACGACAACCAUGCUACUCCCACCGACUACGGGACCACUUAUGAUCGUGGCCGUGAAACAGGUCUAUUGACCCGAUGGGUUCCAGACAGACUCAAACAUUCCCGUCUCUAUCGCUGGUUCCUACGCCUUACACGCGUCCUUCAAUUCCUCUCAGCUGUCAUCUCCCUUGGACUCUUCUCGGCCCGUCUUCGCAAAGUCCACAACCUGGUCAAUGCAAUCAAGACGCGUCGUGGUGUCAAUGGUGCCUAUGGCGCUGUUGAAGGCAUUUUGGCCGCUGCUGUCCUGUACACGCUCAUUGCUAUGCUGAUGUCAUUGCUUCUCAAGGGCGGUGGCCCGAGAUGGCUUCGCUGGCUUUGGGUGCUGCUGGAUAUUGCUUUUGUUGGAGCGUUCAUUGCUGUCUCUGUUCUUACCCGCCCCAAUGGUGGCAGGGCUGGCCCAGGACAUUGCUACAGGACUGAGGGCUUCUCAAGUACUUUUGGAAUCAAUGCGGACUCCUCAGAUGACAGUUGCAAUCUGCCUUGGGGCACAUUCAUUCUCGCCAUCGUCAGCACUAUCCUCCAUGCUAUUACUGCAGCAUUCCACGAAGUCCGGGACCGUUACAAGGAGCACCGCGUCAAGGAGCAGCAUGUCAAGGAAGCUCAUGUUGAUAGAAACGGAGCAGCUGCCUAUUAA